ACAUACAAAUACAAAAAAAAACAGAAAAAUACAAAAAUACAAAUACAAUACAGACAAAAACAAAAACAUAUCAUCUUUGAUCAACCCUUUGAAUCAUUGUCUUUUUGGCUUCCCCCGCUCCCCACUAUCUGAUUUUCAUUUUAAAUAUAUCUAUAGCAGUUUCUAUUUCAUCGUUUUUACUUUUCAUUUUACUGUAAUCUCUUCAAAUCCUCUUAACCUCAUCUUUAUAUUUCUAUAACAUUUUUCCUACAUUAUAAUCUCCUCUUUUCUCCCUAUUGCCUUAAUUUCUGUGCUUCCCUAGAUGUUCAAAUUUUCAACUUUCAAAAAUAAUUCCCUAAAUAUGUUUUAAAUUUUCUCCAAUCUUUCUCCAUUCUUUCACCUGCUUGAUCUCGGAGUCUUCCUGUCAACUCUGCCAUUUCCAUAAAGUCCAGCAUUUUCAUUUGCCAUUCCUGUAAAGAGGGCAAUUCCUCUUUUUUCCAGUAUUUUGCAAUUAGAAUCCUCGCAGCUGUGGUGGCAUACAUAAACAAGUUAACAUCUUUUUUGGGAAUUUCUUCCCCCACUAUACCAAGUAGAAAGGCCUCUGGUUUUUUCAAAAAUGUAUUUUUAAAUAUCUUUUUCAUUUCAUUAUAAAUCAUUUCCCAGAAGCCUUUUAUCUUAGAGCAUGUCCACCACAUAUGGUAAAAAGAGCCAAUUUCCUCCUUACAUUUCCAGCAUUUGUUAUCACCUUUAUGAUACAUUUUCGCUAAUUUUACCGGAGUCAGAUACCAUCUAUACAUCAUUUUCAUUAAAUUCUCUUUCAACACAGUACAUGCCGUAAAUUUCAUACCCUUCUUCCACAAUUUUUCCCAAUCUGACAUCAUAACAUUAUGGCCCAAAUCUUUGGCCCAAUCAAUCAUAACCGAUUUUGUUUGCUCAUCUUUCAAAUGCCACUCUAACAAUAAAUUAUACAUUCUGGACAGAUUCUUGCUAUUUGCCUCUAUUAAUUCUGUUUCUAAUUUCGAUUUUUCUGAUUGAAAUCCUAUUUUUUUAUCUAUCUUGAAUGCUUCAUUUAUCUGUACAUACUGAAACCAAUCACUUAACUUAUCCUUCAAUUGGAGUUUCUCUCCACACCAGAAUGACUGAGAUGAAAACAUUUGCCAGUUUUGGCCUCUUUGCAGAGACCUUUUGAGAGGAGUCACAGUCAGCAGAAAUGAGAAAAGAAACAAAACCUGGGAUUUUCUCUUUCCUUCCCUUUCCCAGAAUGCAGCUGAUCCCUUAACAGACCAUAAUACUUUAACUGUGUCAAUUAACAAUCUGUUUAUCAAAAGGGUUCAGCCUCCACCAACUUUAAUCUGCUUUUCAUUGCUCAUCUACACCAGCUGUUAAAAUACACACAUAUUCCUAGAAAACAAUACCUUCCUACUUUUGCAACUAAAUCUCAUUGCCUUGUGGACGUCAGGCAGGAAGGAAAUGCAAAGAAUAUUUCUGAGGCACCAACUUAACCCCUCCUCUGCAAAUUUAUCCUCACUGUCUCUAUACUUCCUCAGACAUAAAUAUAUUUGAAUUCAGUGAUGCCUCUGGCUCAUUGUUUUUGGGAUUGCAUCAUAAUUCUUUUGUAUUAACAGUUGGAUUCUCUAUAUCUGGGGUAGCCAAUAUGGUGUUUCCUGGAUGAUGUUGGACUACCACUCCCAUCAGCCCUAACCAGCGUGGUCUGGAGUCAGAGAUGAUAGGAGUUGUAGUCAAGCAACUUGGCUAUGUGUGCCCUAUAUAAGUCACAUGGAGACUUCUUCACUUCUUCUUCUUCACUUCACUUUUAAUUUGUUUACCUCCUUUCUAUUUUCCUAUAGUCAAGUAGGUUUACAAGCUGAAGAGACAACAAAGAAUAUGUACCUUAUAACAAUCCAAUCGGAUACAAAAAUGCGAUAAUAAAACAUAACUUUAAAAUAUACAACUUAUGUCUAAUAAAAUAACAUUCAACAAUCCAUUAAAAUAGUAUAUAAUAUUAAACAUCUGCGUAUAAAUAUUAAACAAACCCACUAUUAACAAUUACGAUAAAUAAUUUCUAAACUUUAAUCAAUAAAAACAAUGGCAAGUCACACUUCAUAAAAUAGUGCAAUACAGUACAAAUUGAGAAGCAGAGAUGCACAACUUCUAGAGUAUUUUUUUUUUAAAAAAACUUUGAACGCCUCUCCUCCCAGCUGCUUCUGGUGUUCUUAAAGUCAUAGUCUGGGAAACGCAGGUGGAAAAAGGCAUUGGCUCACAGUUCUUCCUCUAGUCUAGGGCUAAGCUCCCUUAUGAAGACUCCUCGGCGCUGUGGACUCGGGUGGGUUGUGGGUUAAACCACAGAGCCUAGGGCUUGCCGAUCAAUUUCCGUGUGCUGCUCUGGUUCGCCAGAAGCGGCUUAGUCAUGCUGGCCACAUGACCUGGAAGCUGUAUGCCGGCUCCCUCGGCUAAUAACGCGAGAUGAGCACCACAACCCCAGAGUCGGUCACGACUGGACCUAAUGGUCAGGGGUCCCUUUACCUUUAGGGCUGGAGGGUGGGCCAAAGCAGGUGGGAAAAGGCCUUGCCUGAUGGACAGCUGGAAGUCUCUCCCCUCACCCUUCGCUGUGGUCCCCAUCUCAGUUAGGGGAUGUACCCCCAAUGAGAGGUUUUUUCAGAAUCAGCAGAAUCUCCCCCACUCCUUGGCUUUUAUUAACUGGUUUAAUAUUGUCAUGAAGCUCGGGGGCGCCUUUCCGUCUCUUCCCCUGCGCUCCAGUCUCUUCUCCGAGAGCCACUGGAUUUUCCCGCUGGAAGGACCAAGCUUACGCCCCCGAUACUUCAAUAAAUCGAACGCUGUGAAACUUAGGGUAGCCGCCACCACUGAACUCUUACAUUAAGCAGUUCAGACAAACUAUUAACCCGGUGGGCAAUGAGGCAAGGACUGGAUUUUAGCAAUGCGGCCAAGAAUAACAAAAUCCCCCAAAAUACCUUUUAACUAUUUAUUAUAAUAAGCAUAGUUAAAUACUAGAAUAUAACAGAUCUCAGAAAAGGUUACAAAAUAAAACAAUAAAAGCAUGACUAACUUACGAAUACAAACUCAGUAAGGUGAUAAAGUAACAGAACCGCAUCUUCUCCCCCUGGGCAGGAUGCAGCCAGAGUCUUGGGCAAGGCUAUUCUCAUGGCAUUUUCCCGGGCUCUCAGAAUAGACAAGAAAGCAGACAACUACGCUCUAACUUUUCAGCAUCUUAAAUCCCUUAAUCCCUCCUGAAGGCGUGUAGAUAAACACACGUGGGAUCGGACAAAAGACCAAUCCGCAUUAACUUUACUUUCCCGCUCCUUUAUACUCUUUAUAUGUAUGAUUGUGUCGCUGCCCACCCUAGAAAUAGGGUUGUCAAAUUUGCAGAUGACACAACCGUGAUCGGGCUCAUCUCUGAUAAGGAGGGUGAAACAGACUAUAGAGAUGAGGUGGAGCGGCUGACAGAGUGGUGCAGAGUUAACAACUUGCUCAUAAAUACAAAGAAAACAAAGGAGCUUGUGGUGGACUUUAGGAGACAGAAGAAUGAGGUCCAGCCACUUUUGAUUGACGGAAUUUGUGUGGAGAGGGUAACAACGUUUAGAUUUCUAGGCAUUGAGUUACAGGAGGAUCUGUCCUGGAGUGUUAAUACAAGGGGGCUUGUGAAGAAGGCGUAGCAGAGACUGUAUUUUUUGAGAAUUUUAAGGAAAAACCAUCUUCCACAAAAGCUGCUGCUUGCCUUCUAUCACUGUGCCAUACAGAGCGUGCUCACGUACGGUUUAUGUGUGUGGUACGGAAGCUGUACUUCUCAGGACAGAGCAGGGCUGUGUAGAAUUAUUAAAACAGCAGAGAGCAUUAUUGGCUGCUCACUCACCACCUUAGAACAAAUCUACACCACCAUUGGGACGGCGAUAUAGAACAAUGCAGGCAAGAACGAGCCGUCUCAGGAACAGUUUCUUCUCCAGAGCGAUUUUGGCUUUAAAUGGAAAGCCUGGACUUUGAAGUCAUCUUAUUUUACUUCUUAUUUUGUAUUAUAUUUACUGUUUUUAAUUAGGUUUUUAUAAUUUUGGAUUAUGCGGAAUGCUUUAUCUGAGCAGAUGUAGCAACCGAGUAAUUUCGUUGUUCCCGCAAGGGGACAAUGACAAUAAAGAUAUCUUACCUUAUCUUAUCUUAAAUGAACCUAUAAGCAGGUAGAGGAGCAUUUGCCCUGUCAAUCAAUUAAGAGAUUAUGCAGAUGUCCGGUGUUUGCACAUCAAUCACUUUGAGGCAAUUUGCCCUCUCAGUUCUCAGGCACAAAUGAAAACACUAAACUUCUUAUCAGCAGAUUGUAAGAAGACCAGCUGCAACUCAGUUACAAUUAACACUUUUAAAUCAAAGGGGAGGAAGACAAGAGUAAAAUUCCUUUCCCCAGUUGAAAAGGUCACUUUCUCAAGCCAGCAAGGAGUCCCAGAGCACCUUGCGGUAUCUUUCCCAGCUUGCACUGCAGGAACCAAAGAUUGGAUACUAUCAAUCUCAUGACAAAUAUACUUUAAUCUUUGUUGUUGUUGUUUAGUCGUUUAGUCGUGUCCGACUCUUCGUGACCCCAUGGACCAUAGCACGCCAGGCACAACUAUGUUAUUUUCUCUCUUGAUGGUUUUUGGUGCUCUGUUAAUUGUUCAUGAUCUUAUGCUGUCCCCCCCAAAACAGAAACAAUUGUAAAACCAUGGGAUUUUCUUUUAAAAAAUGGGUAGACAGCUUUUGUAUUGUUUUCAAUCAAUUUUAUUUGUAUUUUAUGGAUUUCAAAUAUGGGAGGUAUAUGCAGUCAAAAAAAGAAAGAAACAGUAUUAAAGAAAAGCUCCCAAACCUCCAUUGUAGGCUGUUGAGGAGUCCCUCACCUUUUUGCGGCUGUGUACUGUGAUGUGUCAUUGAUGCAAUAGUAGUGCCUUAGUCAUGGAUUGAUGCUGGAAUAUCCACACAUCCACUGUUCUUUAGUAGCUAUUCUGCAAUACUUCCAGAAUGGUUACUCCAUUAUUGCCAUUUGGAAGGGCGCUCUUGGGUUGCAAUGAAAGAGAAAGCCCCAACAGAACAUUUCUGGCAUGAAAAUUUAUCCGAUUUCAGCAGGAAAUAACAAGACAUGGACUGAUAAAAAAUGAAGAAGUUAUGACCACUGCAAACAUUUGUAGGCACAAAUGGUAUUGAGACUGGGAAUGCAUGAGUUCCCAGAGAGCACUAUGUUUAGAUGUCAUCACAAUUACACACACACAAAAAAAUGUAUAAAUAUGUAUAAAACCUGGGAGUGUUUGCAUUUUGUGUUGGAGUUGGAUGAUUGCUGAGAGUUCCGACUCUGGGUGAAUGUGGGCUGAGGAUCACAGUAAAAAAAGAAAAGAAAGACCCAUUCUACCCACUAUUUUAAUAUAUUCAAAGCUGGCACCCAUCUAUCUAGGUGGGUCUCUAGGGAGACUAUGGAGGAGUGAUCGUGCUGUGGCUGUAGAGACCAAUACAGGAGAGACAUGUUUUGUGUCAACUGGGCAGAUGAAGGCUGCUCAAGACACCGCUAAGCAGCUGUGCAGGCCUGCCAGGAUAAAAACAGCAACAGCCAAGCACAUCAGCCCUGAGAUGGAUGGCGAGUCAUUUGCAGACAGGGAAACUCCCACAGACAAACAACUGAGAAAGUGAAAGCUGUGCCUUCACUGUGAGGCAGCAGCCAUGAUCCAGGAUCUCUGUGCUGAAGCCACUUGUCCCAUCUGCCUGGAUUUCUUCAAGGAUCCUGUGACCAUUGGAUGAAAGUUACGAAGUUAAAACCCUAAAACUAGGGGUUGGGAGAAAUUUUACUGAGUCCACACCUCCCUAUUUCCAAAGAAUCAGAGAACUGUCAUGUUGGAAGGGACCCCAAAUGUUAUCUAGUCCAACCCCUUGCAUGGAAUCAUAACCAAUGUGCACUUUAUAGAUCAAUUUAUUGUUGUUUAGUCUUUUAGUCGUGUCCGACUCCAUUCACAUUUGUACUUCUCUGAAUUUUCCUAAUGCACUUUCCCAGUCAAGUAAUGUGUACAAGAAUUCAUAAAUUCAUAGCAAUUUGCCUCCAUGUAAUUCAUUUUGUAUGUUAUUUUCACUAAUAUCCAUGCUUUCAUGUACCGGUACAUAUAGUUGGGAUAUAGUGGUAGUUGUGUCUAAUCUCUUUUUGUUGCUGCUGCCUGGCCAUAUUUCAGGUGUGUGUGUGUGUGUUUGUGUUUGUGUGUAAGGAAGACUACCCAAAGAUAGAAAAAAAGGUUGCAAUUUUCCCUGUGUGAAGUCUCAAUCCAGAACAAUAUAUAGGAUAAAAUAGGUCUCAGAGCCUGACCCCAUUGAUUGCUGAGUUGUCACGCAAAACUAGGGUUGCCAUAGUUCAAAAAGAAAAGCUGUUGAGCUUUUUUUGGCCACAGUUUUGGAGCUUUUUUUUCUUUUUUCUUUGUGCCAAAUUGCAAAGAAAUUGGACAUUUUUGAAGAAUUCAUUUUCUGCAUCCUAACAAAAUGGGUGUGGUGGAACAUUCAGACAAAGUUCAAAGCUAUCACUUAUUAACCAAUGUCAAAUUUAUGAUAGCUGAUAAAAAGACCUGUUCAGAAAAAACAUGGAUUUGUUUUAUACAGUUAUAAAUACAUGCCAAAUGCCUGUUUUUUUCUUUUCAUUAUUGAAAAAGAGCAUUUUAUGUUUGGAGUGAGAUGAGGUGGUGAGCAAAUGGUUGUUCUGUUAGGAGGAGAGAAGAUGGAGAGGAAAGCUGAGCACACCCAGCAGAAGAAAAGAACAGUUGCUGGUUGUCGUUACAGCAGUACAAAGUGCACACCCUUUGCCUCGCCAUAAAAAGGGGCAAGGAGACAGUAGCAGGAACAGUUGGGAAGAAGGAAAGGUAACCCCAGAACAUCUCCUUGAUCUACCACACCAUCUCCCUGCCCACAAGAGAAGCUAGUCUGGGGCUGAAAGUCAAGCUCCUAUGGAAAUGCUGUUAGCUCUGGGAGAGGAUCUCCCAUGGGUGUCAAUGGAGGUCUUGUCUUGGCACCCAAAGGAGGACUUGGAGCCCUGCAAUGGCUUCUGUCCUUGUCUGUCACCCCGGUGAUCUUCCUGGGCCACUCUGGAUGCAGCGCCAGGAAAGUAGACCUGCACAUGAAUGUGUCCCACUGAAUGAUUAUUUAAUGGAGCUCCAUUAUUCUUCCUACUGGACAGGGAAUACAUGAAGCAGGCAAGCAUUUCUGAAAAGUCCCUUCACAUCCUGCUGCCAUUCUACAGCCACCUUUCAUCUCAACAAAGCCACACACUCUUGACCCGCCAUGGCCUCAGCCCCACCAUCCAUAGAUGUGGACCAGGAAGUCUUGUGCCCCAUCUGCAAAGACUACCUGAUAGAACCAGUGACACUGGACUGCGGCCACAACUACUGUCAGGGCUGCAUCACCUACUACUGCAGGAUAUGGGAAAAACAAGAUGUGGGGGACUUGGAGUGUCCCGUCUGCAGAGUUCGGAUCCAGAAAGGGGAUUUCCACCGCAAUUUCCAGCUGGCAAACAUAGUUGAAAAAAUUAAACUCCUGCCACUAAAUGAAAGGUUGGAGGAUCUUUGUAAGACACACAAUGAAAAACUCCACCUCUUCUGCAAAGAAGAUGGAGAAUUGGUGUGUUUUCUUUGUGAGCGAUCCCCAGAACAUAAAUGGCACACUGUGGUUCUCAAGGAAGAGGCUGCCCAGGAAUACAAGACAGUCAUCUGUGGUCACCUGGAGCAUCUGAGGAAAAAGAGAGAGAAAAUUCUGGCUUAUGAAGCAAAAAUAGGAAAAGAAAGCCACAGCCUGCUUAAAUUAACAGAAACUGAAAGGCAGAAAACAGUGGAGAGGUUCAGACAACUGCACCAGUUUCUGGAAGAACAAGAAAAGCGUCUGCUGAAUGAGAUAGAAAAGAUGGAGAAGGAGAUCACAAGGAGAAGGGAUGAGCACCUGGAUAGACUCUCCAAGGAACUCUCCUCUCUUGAAAGGAGCAUCCGGGAGAUGGAGGAAAAGAGUCAGCAGCCAGUGAGUGAACUCCUGCAGCAUGUGAGAAGCACCUUGCAGAGGUGUCAGCAAAUGGAGACAUUUAAGGAUCCAAUGGCUUUCCUACCAGAAUUGAAUAGGAAGAUCUCAAAUUUCUGGUUUGAAAAUCCCAUUCUAUAUGUUGAGAUGAAGAAAAUCAAAGAUUUUCUGUCAUUUGGACGUCUUCAGAGAGCAAAUGUCACUCUGGAUCCAGACACAGCCCAUCCCAGCCUCAUCCUGUCAGAGGAUCAGAAAAGCGUGAGAAAGAGAGACAAACCUCAAGCCCUGCCCACCAAUCCUGAGAGAUUCAAUGACCAGCCUUGUGUGUUGGGACGUGAGGGAUUCACAACUGGCAGACAUUUCUGGGAGGUUGAUGUGGAAAGUAAGGAAGGGUGGGCUGUGGGGGUUGCCAGGAAGUCUGUGGAGAGAAAGGGCCUUGUCUACAAAAGAAUGGGGCCUGGGAUUUGGGCCUGUGCUGUGGUGGUUGCCAGGGAGUCUGUGAGGAGAAAGGGCUACUUGCCCAUAUGGCCUGAGGAGGAGAUCUGGGCUGAGGAGAAGUGGGGAGACACGUCCUGGGCCUUCACCUCCCCUUACUACUCUCUUCUGUGCCUGAGUGAGGAGCACAAGAGGAUCCGCGUGACUCUGGACUAUGAAGGGGGACGUGUGUCGUUUUCUGACGCCGACUCAGGAGCCGAAUUCUACACAUUCUCAGGAGCCAAAUUCUCUGGAGAGACCCUCCUCCCCUUCUUUUAUCUGGGUGAAAAUAAAACCCACCUGAGGAUCUCCUGAGGAAAUCUGCCUCACAAUCCCAUUUGGAGUUUCUCUUUACACCAGAAUGACUGAGAUGAAAACAUUUGGCAGUUUUGAGAGGAGUCACGGUCAGCAGAAAUAAGAAAAGAAACAAAACCUGGGAUUUUCUCUUUCCUGCCUUUUCCCAGAAUUUCCUCUGUAGCUGAGUCCUUAACAGACCACAAUACCUUAACCGUGUCAAUUAACAAUCUGUUUAUCAAAAUGGUUCAGCCUCCACCAACUUUAACCCACUUUUAAUUGCUCACCUACACCAGCUGUUAGAAUACACACAUAUUCCUAGAAAACAACCCCUUCCCACUUUUGCAACUAAAGCUCAUUGCCAUGUGGACCUCAGGCAGGAAGGAAAUGCAAAGAAUAUCUCCGAGGCACCAACUUAACUCC